GCUGCUGGCAGAAUACUAGUGCGUCCUUCCUUAUACCGCCCACCCUCAAUUUGACUGCAGUAAUCCCGACAAGUGCAUUUCACGUUAUUUACUGAUAUGCAGCAGUAUUUGUAGGAGAUAUGAAGCUGUGUCAGAUUGUCGUCUCAAAUUUCGUGUACGGGUAUGUUCCUUGUCGACCACGGAGAUAAUUGCGAUUUUGCAACGGAUUACGACGACCGACCCUUUUCUCAAACCGCGGUUCCGUAUUGACUGAGCACUAUGUAUUCAACUUUCUGAAAAACAUUGGGCCGUGGCUAUCUGUAGCCUCUUUGCCAACAGCAACAAUGUAUCAUGUUAUAAAAGGACUUGUUCUAACAGAAUCCCGAUGCUUGGAUCACGAUAGUGAAAGGUCAUACCAAGACCUAUUCGAUAAACUGGACACCAACAAGGAUGGGAAGGUCGACGUCGCCGAAUUGAGAGCGGGCCUAACCGCAAUGGGCAUAUCAUUCCGUAAAGGUGCAGCGCAGAAAAUUGUAUCGUCUGGUGACAAAAACAAAGAUGGAGGGCUUGACUUCAAUGAGUUCAACAAAUAUCUGAAAGAACACGAGAAGAAACUGCGCCUGACGUUCAAGAGCUUGGACAAAAACAACGAUGGGCACAUCGAUGCCUCUGAGAUCAAGCAGUCCCUUGAAGAGCUGGGCAUGGACAUAACCAAGGAAGAGGCCCAGACCAUCCUUCAAAGCAUGGACAUCGAUGGCACCAUGAUGGUGGACUGGAACGAGUGGAGGGAUCACUUCCUGUUCAAUCCUGCCCAUAACCUGAACGAGAUCAUACGCUACUGGAAACACUCCUCGGUGCUAGACAUAGGUGAGAGCAUUGCCAUCCCUGAUGAGUUCACAGAGGAGGAGAAGACCUCGGGUGGCUGGUGGAAACAGCUGGCUGCCGGGGCGAUGGCUGGGGCAGUCUCUCGCACAGGCACCGCCCCCCUGGACAGGGUGAAAGUCUUCAUGCAGGUCCACUCCUCCAAGUCCGACCGGAUCACCCUGCUGGGAGGAUUCAAGCAGAUGAUUAAGGAAGGGGGUGUGGCCUCAUUAUGGCGAGGGAACGGGGUCAACGUGUUAAAAAUAGCCCCUGAGACUGCUAUCAAAUUCAUGGCCUACGAACAGUAUAAGAAGCUGCUGACACCAGAGGGAGGGAAGGUCCAGACCCACCAGAGGUUCAUGGCUGGCUCUCUGGCAGGAGCCACCGCCCAGUCAUCCAUCUACCCCAUGGAGGUAAUGAAGACCAGACUGACUCUGGGGAAAACUGGCCAGUAUAAUGGAAUGUUUGACUGUGCCAAGAAGAUUCUGAGGAAAGAGGGCAUCAAAGCCUUCUAUAAAGGCUACACUCCCAACAUGAUAGGCAUCAUUCCCUAUGCUGGCAUCGACCUUGCUGUUUACGAGAGCCUGAAGAAUGCAUGGUUGUCCCGCUAUGCCAAAGACACAGCCAACCCUGGCAUCUUGGUGCUGUUGGGCUGUGGCACCAUCUCCAGCACCUGUGGCCAGCUGGCCAGCUACCCCCUCGCCCUGCUUCGCACACGCAUGCAGGCACAAGCAACUCUGGAAGCAUCGGACAAGUCCACCAUGACUGGACUGAUGAAGGGGAUCAUGGCUAACGAGGGUUUCUUUGGACUGUACCGGGGUAUCCUGCCUAACUUCAUGAAAGUGAUUCCUGCUGUGAGCAUCAGCUAUGUGGUCUACGAGUACAUGAAAACCGGCCUGGGGAUCUCCAAAUGAUGCAGGGACAGUCAGACAGGAUGUUAAGUCUUUAGGUCUUUUGGGCAGUUUAGUUGGAACUUAGUGAUCCGCACAGACUUUUUUGAUCUCAUGUAGACAACCAAACGUUGCCAUCUUGUGAUCACUCUGUGUACUGAGCCUUACGAGGAGAACCAUGAAAUCAAGGUUGGGUCUGAGAUAGGCCAUAGCAGUAGACUCUCCAAAAAUGAUGCUCUCCUCUUUAACUCAAGGUGAAAUUCCAAUAUGGUGCAAUAUACCUGUUAAGAACUGCGUUAUGGAUCUUAAAACAUAGAGGGUGAGAGGACAAGGUAUUGAUGUCUUCAGGUGAACACUGUGGACGAGGUUCAAGAGCUUUGUCAAAAGUAUUUUUGUUCCACUGUAAUAUUAGACGCUCCAUGCGCACUUUUGAGAGAAUCCCACACUACUACAGUUUACUAUAGAAUUCUGUGGUAAAUUGUAGUCUGGGUACCAGUCAAUUUAGCUAACGUUCCACUAGCUGUACUCCGAGUCAUAUGCCAGAGAUAUAUUUAAAGAAUGAAGAAAGACCAGUCUCUCUGGCAUAUGACAUGGAGUAGGCUACAAGGAGUGGAAUGUUAGCUAAAAAGACUGGUACCCAUCAUCAACGAUCACUCGGGGUUGAGUAUGAUUAUCCUCCUGGUGGGUCCUGCUUGUGGGUCUUCAGAUGGCCGACGAGGCCAAUCCGGGAGCCACAUAUUUUGAUGCGGUAUGGGCAUGGGUGAGUGGUGGUGGUGGGUGGGCGUUCUUGAUGGGAAGUCUCUCCUUUCGAAGUUGCCGCUUGUCCUCUGCGGCACGGCAGAGAUUUUCUUUGUACCAUGCCACUUCGUCAUGGACAGCUUUUAUCCAUGUCGACCUAUCGAGGAGUGGAAUGUUAGCCAAAAAGACUGGUACCCAGGCUAAGUAAACUGUAGUAUACUGUAGAAUACUAUACUACACACCAGUAUCCCUCGAUCAGGGGUAUUACUUAAUAUAUCAUUUGGUAGUAUACUGUAGAAUAUUAUACUACACACUAGUAUCCCUCGAUCAGGGGUAUUACUUAAUAUAUAAUUUGGUAGUAUACUGUAGAAUACUAUACUACACAGUGUGGUAUCCCUAAUUCAUGUGUAGUACUUACUGUAGAAUUCUGUAGUGAACUGUAAAAUACUAUACACUGUAUUAAUAUGAUCAUAUUUCAUUUGAAUAUGCCCAGUCAAUUCCCCUCCCCAUAUUCCAAUUUGUGCCACCCGUGAGUGAGAAGCCUACAUGCCAAGUAUAGACCACAUAUUGUGUUCCCUACAGGUUAUGGAAAAUGUGCUCUUUUAGUAUUUGUCCAGUAGGUUUCCUCAAGGAGAAAGCCCCCACUUCUAUAUCAAAGAUAAUAAAACAAAAGCACUAUAGUAAAUACUACAGUAAUGUCUGAAAAAAACACCACAGUAAAUACUAUAGUUUAUAUUCUACAAUUUUUAAACUAUAGUAAUAUUACAGUAUUUAUGAUAUAAUAAAUUGUAAAUACUAUAGUAUAUUAGUAAUAUAUAUGCAUAAAACAGUACAGCAAUGUCCACAGAACACUGCAGUACAUACUAUAGUUUUUUAAACUAUAGUAAUACUACAGUAUUUAUAAGUGUGCCUUACCCUCAGUUCAAUAUCAUAUUUUUCUAUUUUAUUUGGUUCGUUCUAUUUAUUUUUUACAGAUUAGUGUCAUUUACAACUGCUGUUUCAAUGCUAUGUUUUCAUGUGUUUUAGCAGAUGAUUUACAAACAUGUAUUUUUUUACUUUAUGCUUUUCUUGAAAGACAAUGACUACCUUGUUGUUGUUGACUGUUAAGCUGAAUCUCAAGCAAAAAUAUUCAUAGUUACAAAAGCUCGCAUGCAAAUAUUGUCUAUGAAUCAUUACUGGAGCUGAGGGGGGAAGUCUUAAAAAAUGCUGCCUCAUUUUUUGCUAAGCUUGACUGAAAUUCAAGUAGGUUGUGUACACUGUCAAUACUGGUUUCCAAUUCAUAAUCACUUCAGGGUCCCCCCUACACACACACACACACACACACACACACUCCAUAUGCAUGCCAUGCACCCACUAAACAUUUUUACUACUUGAGGCCAAUGGUUGUUAUGUUGCCUCAAUGUCUUAUGUCUUAAUUAUGUUUGAAUAUGUAAUAGGUCUACUAUACCUGAAUCGAUUGACAUUGUGAGAGUUGAAUGUUGAUGUUCUCACAAAGCUUAGACAGAAAGAAAAGCAAUACAUGUCUUAUGGGUCGAAACAAAUGUUUACAGAUGGUUGUCCACGUAUAAAUCAAUAUUCAUAAUGGAAUAUUUUCAACUUGGCAAAGCCAAAUCCAAAUGUUCAAUGCUGUGUGCAUGUCGCAUCUAGAGGUCUUGCAGUGCACGUUUGUGAAUGCUUAUUCCGCGAAUGAUUUAAUUGAACUGUGUCAAUCAACUCUAGAUCAUCGUCAUCCCUGUGCGGACAUCCAAAAACCUAUCCAAUCAUUUUACAGUGUAUCUUUUUAAAAUUAUUAUUCAUAAUACAAAAAUCAACAACUUACAUCAAACAUGUCUAACAAAACAAAAUACAGGUAUUAACAAGAAAAUACUAAAACAUACAAAAAAUAUCAAUAAAAAAAUAAAUAACUA